AUGGAGUUUGUCAAGAAUUCGGGCAUCUGUGAGACCACCCCGGGGGUCAAUCAGUACUCGGGGUAUCUCUCCGUAGGCUCGAACAUGAAUAUGUGGUUCUGGUUCUUCGAGGCCCGGAACAACCCGAAGCAAGCUCCUCUGGCUGCCUGGUUCAACGGUGGCCCUGGCUGCUCGUCCAUGAUCGGUCUGUUCCAGGAGAAUGGCCCUUGCCACUUUGUCAAUGGGGCCAGUACCCCGUCACUCAACAAUGCCAGCUGGAAUAACUACGCCAACAUGUUAUACGUUGACCAGCCCAUUGGUGUUGGCUUCUCAUACGGCACGGACGAUGUCACAAGCACGGUGACCGCUGCGCCGUACGUCUGGAAAUUGCUACAGGCAUUCUACGCGCAGUUCCCAGAAUACGAAAGCCGGGAUUUUGCCAUUUUUACCGAGUCGUACGGUGGACACUACGGCCCCGAAUUUGCCUCGUACAUCGAGCAGCAAAACGCUGCCAUCAAGGCCGGAUCCGUGAGCGGCCAAAACAUCAAUAUUGUGGCCCUCGGAGUGAACAACGGCUGGAUCGAUGCGACGAUCCAGGAGAAGGCCUACAUUGACUUCAGCUAUAACAACUGGUACCAGCAGCUCAUCGACUCCUCGACUCGCGACAGCCUCUUAGACGCGUACAAUAAUCAAUGUCUCCCUGCUCUGCAACAGUGCACAAAAUCAGGUUCCAAUUCCGCCUGCACCAAGGCUGACAGUGUGUGCUACCAGAACAUUGAAGGGCCGAUCAGUUCUUCGGGUGACUUUGAUGUUUAUGAUAUCCGGGAGCCGUCCAGUGACCCUUACCCACCUUCGACAUACUCGACGUAUCUCUCCAACCCGACCGUCGUCAAGGCUAUUGGAGCUCGCACCAACUACCAGGAAUGCCCGAACGGGCCGUAUAACAAAUUUGCUUCAACCGGUGAUAACCCCCGGUCAUUCCUCUCUACCCUCUCCAGCGUGGUCCAGUCCGGGAUCAACGUCCUUAUCUGGGCGGGCGAUGCCGACUGGAUCUGCAACUGGCUUGGUAACUACGAAGUCGCCAAUGCAGUUGACUUCUCAGGACACGCCCAGUUCAGCGCCAUGGAUCUGGUGCCGUACACAGUCAAUGGUGUUGAGAAAGGGCAAUUCAAGACCGUGGACAACUUUUCAUUCCUGAGGGUCUAUGAGGCCGGCCAUGAAGUACCUUACUACCAACCCGAUACGGCGUUGCAGGUGUUCGAACAGAUUCUCCAGAAGAAGCCACUCUCUUCCACAUAA